AUGGUCAGCCACUCACAGAGACCUGCCGUCGGUCAGCUACGGAGGUCGCAAUGGCAAGCUGCUGCAAAAUACCUAGUUGAUGGGGUCGCAAAACCUUCGUUCAAGGCGUUUUUGUAUGCCUACCUUUAUUUAAUCUUGCCCAAAGUCAUUGGGCGUUUAAUCAGCGCCAUCAGAAGAAAAAAAUUCGAUGCUUUUCUACCCCGUAUCAAAAAGACCCUCAUCAAAGCUCUACAUCCGAAAAGAUUCCCUGCUUUCGCUGCAAGCUUGGUGGCAGGGAUCAACAUAUUGGAGCCCAUUUUUUACAAGGUGUUGAAGAGGAGAAACGUUUUGAAAACACCCGCAUCGAGAUUGUUCUUGUCAACCUUGGUUUCAGCCUUGAUUUCUGCAGCGUGCACGUUCCCUUUGUACCAAGACCAUGUUGUUGGGCUUGGCAGACACAACUCGUUGGAUUUGACUUUGUUGAUUGCUACAAGAGCCAUCGACACCGUCUUUUCGGCAUCCUUGGCGACUGUCACUCCCGAGGGAUUAGUCAAAUAUGGGGACGCGCUAUUGUUUAUCGCUAGUUGCACACCAAUUAUGUUUUGCUGGUUUUUCUACCCAGAGAGAUUGCCCCCGCUGUACGGCAAGUGGAUCACAGCGGCGGCAAACAUGGACCCCGAUUUCAUCGAGGCCUUGAGAUUGGUGAGGAAUAAGGACUUGGUUUAUGGAGAGCAUGGUCCAUACGAAGACUUUCUCGGUCCGUAUUUUGAGAAAUACGGGCAAGAUCCGAAAAGAGGCAAUACGGUCUUGCACCAACCAGUGGAGUGCGAAGCGGUUCACGCGUUUGUAUCCAAAAGCUGCGAAGUCCAUGCCUUGUGGCGUUUCUGGAGAGGAUUCAAAUUCGCAAUAACGGUCUACCUUCCAUUGAACUUGUUGAUGCAGCUGUUCAAGCUGAAUACCAAAUUUUCCGAAAAGUUGUGGAGAGCUUUAAAGUCCUCGACAAGAUCCUCGUGCUUUUUGGGAGCCUUUAUUGGGUUCUACUGGUACGCAGUGUGCUUAGCAAGGACGAGGUUGUUUCCGAAAUUGUUCCCCAACGUGCCCAAAGUCCGCUUUGACGAUACCAUUGCGCCCGCUGCCGGUGCACUCAUGUGCGGAUUCUCUGCCUUUAUCGAAACGCCCCAGCGGAGAAAAGAGUUGGCUUUGUUUGUGGCUCCAAGAGGAGUGGGGACACUCGUUCCUACUGAACCCAGCACAAGGAACUUGAGGAUAGAAAGUAUUGUUUUUUCAAUCGGAUUGGCAGUGUUGGUGGCUUAUUCAAGAAACAAAAGUUCCAGCGUGAGAGGUAUCUUUGGCAAGGGUCUCAAGCAAGUGUUUCACAUUCAAAGCUACAACUAA